AUGAGCUACGCGGCGACGUCUGUGGACGCCCUUGCGGACCUGGUGGCGGACACUGUUGCAAGCAACAAAUUGUCUACGUCGAGAGUGGAGCGCAUCACGACGCUGGCCACGCUCAACCUCGAUAGUCCAGAAGACGUAGUCAAUGCUCUGCUAAAUGCGCAUCGCACUGCGAGGCCGUCUACAGUGGUUUCGUCACUCUACCUCUACGACGCAGUGGUACGCAGAGCUCGGGACAUUGUCAAGAAGAAGGGCCAGGGCUGCGAGAUGACAGGCGAGGCAGGGCCAAGCACCUCGAAGCAACGAGUAUGGUCGUCGGACGCGCUUGCGCGUCAAGCUCGCGCUCUGCUCAAAGCUGCGAGCGCCUCGGUGGAGGAGGUUGUGAUCUCUUCCAUGCGGCACUCUAGGCCUGAACAACGGGAAAAGGUUUACAAAGUUCUCGACAUCUGGACAAAGACGUCCACCUUUGAUUCGGACCAUCUCAAAUCCAUUCGGGCGACUGCCCAAAAGGUCGAAGAGAAGGCCAAGGCUGCAGAAACGCACUCAGCUUCUUCAGAUCACACCAGACGUGCUUCGCCUGAUAGGCCAGCUCGCCAUGCACCCAAACAAGGUCCUGAAAAUGCGCAGGCGUCAGCAUUCGCCGCCGGCGCGCAUCCUGCACCUCUGUCCGCGACACAUGCCUCGACUGCAUUGCCAAGCCAGCUAUUGGCCCUUCUCGGUGACGCGGGCAAGCAGGAAGAGUUGCGGAAAGCUCUCGCAACAAGCCACGUCAGGAUGCUCACGCUCUCGCGGUCGAGGACAUUCCUUACUGGAGCAAAGCAGGAUACUAGUAGGGUAUCCAUGCUGGAGCUUGACCCUGCCCAAGUAGCGCUUCUGAAGGACGUCGCAGCCCAAAAUGGGUUCAAGGACUUGGGCAUUUCAGUCACUCAGCCUUACGAGCGCAGAAGUGCUCAGCAGGAGCUGCAACCGCCGGUUACAAGCACCCAUGCGCGUGCUGCGGACCUGUUCCGAACGGAAAAUGGUCCGUCACAUGAUCGGCGCGGCGAUCGAGUAAGCCCACAGGCACAAGCCUCACAUGCUGCGCAAAAAGCUCAAAACGAGUCUGCAUCCAGCCGUCCGCACAUGGAGACCCUAGUGAGCGCCAAUUCGCACGCCAAGCGGAAAGAUGAACCAGGCUACGACGAGCUUGUAGACAAGCGAAUCAGACUCGAGCAUGAAGCAGGCACACCUUCGCUCGCCAUGAGCGAUCGACCAAAUGAUGCGCAACCGAUCGGCAACGACUUGGCGGCAGACAUGUCCACAUUUGAAUUUUCGACCUUUGACGCGACGAGGGCCGAGAGCUGGAUGGACUUGAGGGAGAGAUGGCAAAGGACCAACGGCUACGCUCCGAGUCAGACCGAGCUUUUUUGGUGGAUCAGAAUGGGUUCACAGAUCUCAAGUGCGCGCGUUGAAAUCGUUGCCCCCCUCCGCAUCAAGCGAGACUCGCAGCGCUUCGAGCGUCAACCUUCAGCGCAACUUUACGAGUGA